AUGGAGAAAUCAAAGACACCUCAAGUCUUUCACCCCUCGCAAUUUUCAUCCACGAUAUUUUCAGUUACAUUCGCAAUUUGUUUCGUAGCGCUGAUUCACGUCGAGAUCGAACUUCAUGUUCAUCGUCAAAUGCUUCAAGUUUUAAAUCAAGAGAGAGAAGACAGCAUCGAGCUGCGAAAAGUAGUCGAUGGUCAUGAAAAAACCAUCGAUUCUGUGUUGAAGAUGUUGCAGAGCGGAUCACCUUCAGGUAAUUGCAUUCUUAUUAAACUAUCCAUCCUCUUCAAUUUUUCUCAAUUUUUAACAUCCAUAUGCAGUUUAAAAAAGAAUCAAAAGACUAAUUAAUUUAAAAUAGAAUUGAAUCAUUUAAGCUAAGAGAGAAAAACAACCUUUUUUUUAAGAAAAAUGUGAUUGCAAUUUUUGGCUCACUAAGGGAAAUGACAAACUGAAGUGCCUCUUACGCGAGGUCAACUCUGACUCAGUUCAUACGUGCUGAUCAAAGCGGCAGUACUCCUAAAUAAUUUUUUUGCUCGCUUUGCGCGCUCUUUUGAAAGAGAAGGGAAAAGGAAGUUACUGUCAUUCAGCACUAUUCCUGUAAAGCUGAGGCGGUUGCAUUUAGGAAGGAUUUGAUUAACACUUCCUGUUUAUCUGAAACUCUGUCAGACUGAUUAAAUUCUUCUAAGGCCUACAUGGCACGAAACAAAACAAGGAACACCAGCAGCUGAUCCUUCCACAAAAAUAGAAUGUUUCAUCCUAAGGAACCAUUCUGUAAGACUAUGUAACGCAGGAGAAUGAAAGAGGCUUGAAUGUGAGGGGGGAGGGGGAGGUGGGAGGGCGGCGCUGGGGCCUGCCUUACGAGCAGAACUUGAGAGAGUAAUCACAAACUUUUAUGUCAGCCGUGGUCCGAGUCACCUCAAUUAUAAGUGAAGUAUUAAAGAGUUGAAUUUGUGUUUGCUAAUAAAGAUUAAGGAUCUGGAGGUCCGGUGUUCAAGUCGCGUUGUUUCCUUAGACAAGGCACUUUGCUCCACUUUCUCUCUCUUCACCCAGGUGUACAAACGGGUACCGGCAACGCAGUUCCCCGGGAGACGUACUCCCCAUAAUGGCCUAUACGGGGAGGCUCCGCCCAAAAGGGGUACCUUUAAUUUAUCAGGCCUCAGGUAUACGAAUUUGAAGUACACGAAAGGGUAGCGGGAAAUCUGCCAUUUAGGUCUGUGAAAGGGCCUAAAAGGGCUAACAGAUGAAUUUUAUGGCUUUAUAAACUUGAGAAAACGUACUAUUUCUGUGAUUGAUUCCCAUUUAAAAGACCGUGCAUCUACUGCAGCUAAAAGAGAUGCAAAGAUCUAAAAAAGGUAUGUGAAAGGGGUAUCCUUUCUCAAUAGAAGGUAUACAAAACGGAUACCUUUUCCUGUCAAAAAUGGUAUAUUUAAAGGAUAAGGGGUUGGACCUCGGGUCGGAGCCUCCCGGUAUAAAAAUUUGUUAAGUACCUCCCCCCCCUCACCCCCGGGCACAGUUGUCCCUUCCGUAAACGGUCGCUGCCAUUUUUAAGACUCUUAAGGUUGAUUCGAAAGGGUCGCGUAAUUUUGACAUGGGUACGUGCGUAAAAUUUACGUUCGCAAAUAAAAUAGAGGCAAUGCAUGAAAAGUCGAACCGCGCUCAACUUCCCGUUCAAGCUAAGCACUUUUUUAUCUUGCCUCUAUUUUAUUUAAGCGAUUAAUAUUUACGUGCGUUAACGUGCGAAACCAAAAACGCGUCAGUGGAAAUCAACCCCUAGAGAUUUGUGACCUGUUAUUGAAAGCUUUUCUGUCAAUAAGAAAGAAAAACGCAAACCAGGGCCGAACCUGGACCUCGAACACGCACCUUUCGUAUCCUAAUCUCUCUCCCUUACCACUACAUUACCACACCCCGCCCGCCAAUCCGAAAAAAAAUCAAGUACAUACACUAGCAAACGGUUUUUCUUAACUGUUACAUCAAUAACAGGUGACCCUAUCCCUUUCCAUAAUUUUUAUCGUAAAUUCAACUUGGGCUUCAACUUCGUUCUUUCUAAGGCUAUUCAAAAACGUAUUAUUUGCCUUAUUGUAACUUAAUCAGGGGAAUAUAUUACAUCCAUCAUGACUAAAGGCUUGGUUACCAAUUUACGAAAGAGAAAUAGGCACUGGCGACAUGCUGCUCACAUGGGGGUAACCCUGCGAUGGACUACCAAUACUCCUAGGCAUGCUUCAUGCUAUAGAAACCGGGAUAAACUCCGGCCGUUUGGGCCUUUGGCUCGUGUGAGCCUUUACUUUUCCUUUUUUGAAGAUUAAGGCCCUUGCUCCCAAAGAACUGAUUUGCUGAUUACAUUGCAUUUCAGAUGCACACAUCCGUCGAAAACGCCAUGUGCAAAACAAGGAUUCAAACGCCAGUGAAACCUUCACAAGAAAAGAAAUUCAAAUGGCCUGUACAAUUCAUUGUCCAAAAGGAAUCAGGGGACGCCGAGGCAGGCCCGGUCCUCCAGGCAAGCAUGGUCCGCCUGGGCCCCAGGGACCACAGGGGCCUAAAGGUUCUCAGGGAGAUCAGGGGCCCCCUGGGCCUAGGGGCGAUCAGGGCCCUCAAGGACCCAAGGGUGAUCCUGGUGAAUCCAUCUCAGCUCCUUCUAUUGUGACAUCCCCAGUUUCCAUGGUAGUAAACGAAACUGAUGUAGCUUCACUGCAGUGUGAGGUUAAAGGAAAUCCUGUUCCUCAAAUUACAUGGCUUAAAGAAAAUACCAGUCUUCCAGCCGACAAACGAAUUGUACAGUCUCGUGGAGGUAUAAUGAUUAAGGAUGUGACGUCACAAGAUGGUGGAGUGUACACGUGCGUAGCAAGCAACAUUCUUGGAUUAAUAAAAAAAUCGGCCACGUUAACUGUCCAAGGUAACAUGCUCGUCCUUUGUUAGUUAUUGGAAAUUUCAUGGAUUAAAAGCUAUUAAUAAGAAAUCAACUUCUAUUAAAUCAUAUACUUUCACCUUAAAAUUAGGCGCAUUACUAGUCAACGAUGUCUGUUAAAUUUCCCAUGAACAAUUAUUAGUAUCCCACUGUCCAUAGCCUACUAAUGAUGAUGAGUCUCGUCAAAAAAACCUGUUUUUAGCGAAUAGAGCGGCAACUGGGCUAUAAAUACAAUUUCGACUAUAGUGUCCUAUAUACCUAAUUAUAUAAGGGGAUUCUAUGCAAGACGAUUUGUAACGAUGAUUUUUAAGGCAACAAUGUUGGAACAAUUCGAAGAAAUUUCCCCGCAAUUUCAUACCGCGCGGGGGCCUGGCACUACCGGAUGUUCCCAGAGUUUUCAAAAAGUCCAGUUUCAAAAUGGCGGAUAGUCGGAGUAAAAACUCGAACGAAAGCAUUCUUUUUCCAAGACAUAUUUAACAAUUAUUCUUUGAAAUCGAGGUGAAUAGUGGCCAAAUAUUUACCGAGCCGCGAAAGCGGCGAGGUCAAUAUUCCCACAGCCACUAUUCACCGAGAUUGAAAAAAAUUAAUUGUUUUAGUGAUCUCAACAAAAUCAGAGAGGAAACCAUUAAAAAGUACAAUUUGAUCGACAGAUCAAAUCGCGCGUAAGUUUAAAAAUAGAUCUUUGCAGAAUUUUCAAACAUGGCAAUUCACAAGUUUAUCAUUUCGCAAACAACAGCGUAAUGGCUUAAAUGGAACCGCUAAAAGUUUGAACUGUUCCUUUACCUGAGAAGAAAAGUAGAGCUUUGUUGUUUUCUGUUGACUCGCCAAGUUUACAGCCAAAAGGGUUUGUUGUGUCGUUCUUCGCACGAAGUGCUGACAAAAAGGUGGCUCGCUUGCUCGAGGUAAGACGUCGUCUUCCUGUAUCAUUCUUUUACCUGUUUACUUGAAACGUAGAAUUUCUGCAAACAUUUCCUUUUAAUUUUUUUUUCGUCAUAAAUAAACUUCGAUUUUGAGCCAAAAUUUUCUUGUUAGAAAACGCUGAGUUCACGAAACGGCUUCUUCUACGCGAAUACACGGGAGCUGUAAACAAUCCAUCGAGCACAAAACUUAGCUGCAGUAAAUUGAAAAACGCCGUAUUGAAUCCUUCCAAGUCUUUUCUUGCCUUAAAAAAGUCAGCCCUAGGAUUUUGUCGACUUUUAAAAGAUCGUUCUCUAAAAAAAUGGGAAAAACACCGAGCUCACACAUUAUCCACUCGCCAGGAGGUGAAUAUUGUUGAAUAGUCGAAGAUAGCGAACCAAUCAGAUUGCUUAAAUCACCAAGAUCACUGAGUGUGUAUAUACUAAUGAUCAAUAUUCCCUCGGAGAAUCUGUCUAAACUUAGUAAGGAAAGGAUGCAGUAUUUCCGCCAUGCCCUGAAGUUAAACUUAAGGACACUCAGUAAGUGCAAGCAAUUGUUCGAUGAACAGGUCGCCCGAACUAAACAUGAUUAUAAAUUUUCUACUAUGAAAAGUAGGAGGAUCAUUGCAGGAAAGAACACAGAUGUGAUUGUGCACGUAUCGAUCUUAGCCUAAGUAUGCUGGACCAAACUUAAAAGGGCAGUACGGAAGGGCUUACCUGGAUUAUUCCCGUCGCGGAAAAGAGUAAUGUCCGUGAAAGGUAAUGAGUGUAGUGAACUUUGUGGCGUUAUGUAUGUUAAACCUAGUGUUGUUCACGUGAAGGGAGAUAAGGGACUAGUCUAUACUCAGUGCAUGCUAGCCAAAAGGUAGAUGUACGUGACAUUCUUCAUCGUGAUUACAAGCUGAUUGCCCAAAUUACAGGAACUGCAGUGUUACCGGACGAGAACUGCCUCUCAAGUAAGACUGAAGUAUACUUGCUUUUAUCCAUGUUCAGUGAGAAUUGUUUCCGGUCUGAUCUUUAGGAUUUCUACUGAGACCGAACGCAGCGACGGGGAGAAAAUCUAAUGUAAGCCUUGCCAACCUAAUAUACAAUGUUGCCCUUUCACUCAGGGUCACUCUGGCGUGUUUCGCUUUUUGGUAGUUUUUAUUUUACGGUUUAGAAAAAACAGGUACACCCACUCCCUUAUCAUUACCCAAUAUUCCGUCGGAUCCAGUGCCGUAAAAAGAGCUAAACUCGACGCUUCUUUGUUCAAAUUUUUUGUCGAACAAUUCGGGAAUCCUUCCAAUACUUCCAAGUAGCGAAAGUCUCCGAUUCUUUCUCGCAGUAAAACAACUGUUCUUAGCUUUAGAAUAUUAACUUUCUGGAGUAAUCUGGCGCUUAAUAUCGUUUCAACUAUACGCAAUGACCUUUGCUUUACCUUCUAUUUUGGAAGCCAUUUUCAAUCCGGAAUUUAAAAAAGUGCGGGAAAAUCCGGUAGUGCCAGGCUCCUGUGCGGCAUGAAAUUAGGCAAUGCUGUAUUGCACUGUAAAUUGUCGUUGUGAAUUCGUCCCCUGUAACAUUGCUCAGGAGAAAAUAAUGCGACCGAAACUGUUAUCGGUAGAUUCUAGGUUCGGCUCUAAUCAAGGAACUCGGAGACGUUUUCCCAGAACCCUCUGUUUUAAUUUUCUUGUAACUUGUUUUUAUUUUCUUGGCUUAUUAUAUUUCUUCAUUACUUUACAGUUGCUGCCUUAAUCUAUCAAAAACCCUCGUCUAUUGUCGCUGAAGUAGGGGAAAACGUAAGGUUGCCGUGCAAAGCUACAGGUCUUCCAAUACCAACGAUCACGUGGCGGAGAGCGUUAGGUUCCUUACCAAGAGGGAAGACUGCAGUGGAUGAUGGGAAAAUGACAAUUCGUAACAUAGCUAAAGCUGAUAGCGGGGAUUACGCAUGCUCGGCGAAGAAUUUUCUUGGACAGGACUUUGUUGUUGCUCAGUUAAUAGUGAUUGACAGGCUCACAUUUACCCUUACUCCUCCCCGGAAAGUCACCGUAUCACAGUCACGCAACUUGUUGCUAAACUGUGCAGCUCAAGGUAACACUGAGAUCACGUGGAAAAGAACUGGAAAAAGCUUACCUCACGGCCACGUGAUUUAUUCAAAUGGAACUUUGCUCCUCAGGAACGUGGUUAUAAACGAUGCCGGAACAUAUUCUUGCGUGGCCAAAAACGCACUUCGUUCUGUUGAGGCAACUUCUGUUGUUGAAGUGAUUAAAACAAUGAAGUCCUGUAGCAGUAUUAAGUCAGACUACAGUGGAAGCUCUUCAGGUAAUUAUAUUAUUGACCCUGAUGGCAAAGGAGGCGUGGCUCCGUUCAGUGUGUAUUGUGACAUGAGUGACAAGGGAGGAGUUGGCGUGACAGUCAUAAGUCACGACAGCGAGAGUAGAACUCAUGUGAAUAGCGUCAGUCCUGGAUGUGGUAGUGCAGGUUGUUACAGGAAAGAUGUGACUUACACUGGAGUUAGCACCGCUCAGUUGGCAGCACUCACUCAAGUCUCAAAGAACUGUGAGCAGUUUAUCAAGUUCGAAUGCAAUAAUGAUGUUCAAUUUAUACAGCAGAAUGGUGCCUGGUGGGUGUCCCGUGACGGAACACGUAUGAACUACUGGGGUGGAGUUACAGGCUACAAAAACAUGUGCGCAUGCGGAGUAACAAACUCCUGCUCUAAUGGUAACAAGUGUAACUGUUACAAUAGUGCCGGUGGUUGGAGAGAGGACAGCGGUCUUUCUGACUGA